AUGGAAGACGAGGCGGUGGUGGUGGCUCUCACGAGUUUCUUAAGGAGUCCGUGGAUCAAGCACUACAAGCCUUCGCCGAAAAUCGAGAUUCUUGUAACGGAUGAGCUCGAGAACCAAGUGGUUAGCUCGAAUGGGAAGAAGGGAAUAGUCAUUUGCAGCUCAGGGAUAUUAUGGGAAGGAUGGUCCCAUUCGCGUGACCGCGAUCAAAUCAGCAUCGGAGAAGAUAUAUCUGAUCAGAACUUUGUCAACGAAGUAACGAAAGGCGAGAACGGAAGCUCCAAGAAGAUGAAGACAGUGAUGAACGUAUCAUCACCUUCGUCGGGUACUGAUCAGGUUGUUCCACUCAGAAAAGCUCCUGCAAACAUGACAUGA